AUGCACAUAACGGAGCCAGGAGUUGGUUUCAUCCCACUGUUGUGUUACAAGAAGCUGACCUUCACCUUGGGCCAAUUCACCGGAUUUGUGCAUGUCUUGGUGAAUGACGCCAGACAGAUCUUGAAGGAUGACCUCAUGCUUGCCCACAAGACCGAGGUCCCCCAGAUUCCAUGGGACUUUCUGUAUGACGAUCCCACCAACGUUGGUGCCGGCUGGGGCUUUCUCCAGGACCCCCGAACGCCGUGGCCUGUCGUUGGAGAGCAGUGGAUGUUUGACCAGAUCGCCAACAACCCUGACGUUGAGCGGGAGUUCUUCCGUGGGAAACCGCGGAUGGCCAAGAUCGACUGUUACAUGAAACGGUUAGUCGCCUUCCGCCGCAAGCUGUCAGUGCUGGUACACAUCUGCAGCGGCCAGCCCGCUCGUGCCCCUGAACUGCUGUCCAUUCGGCACCGCAACACCGACGCUGGCGGCGUUCGCAAUAUCUUCAUUGAGGAUGGCCUGGUGGCUAUGGCCACCGCCUACCACAAGGGCUUCCAUGCCACCAACGACGCCAAAAUCAUUCACCGCUACCCACCACGGGAGAUCGGUGAGUUGGUGGUGUGGUAUCUGUGGUUGGUGUUGCCUUUUGUCCACGCCUUGGAGCUGUAUCAGCGCCAUGAGAGGGAGCAACCGGUUGACCAUGAAGUACGCAAACGCGAGGCGUACAUGUGGCCCCCCGACCCCCAUUCUGAUAAACCGUGGUCUUCUGAGCGCUUGCGCGAAACCCUCAAGGAGGAGACGAAGGGCAUCCUCCACGCCGAGCUGAAUCUGGUCGCCUACCGCGACAUUGCGAUCGGCCUCAGUCGACGAUUCCUGGGAUCCACGCACCAGUUCACACACAACAUCCAGGAGGAGUCCGGGGCCGAGGUGCUGGACGAUGACUUCGACGACCGUGAGAUGGGGGCUGAGGAAUGGAGCGGCCACAUCGCCGAUUUACAAGCCGCUCAUUCCUUCCACGUCGCUGGCAUCGUCUAUAGACGUCUCAUCACCGAGCAGCCCGGCACCACGGCCGACAAACGGCACUUCUUCCGUAUCUGCAGUACGGAUUGGCAUCGCUUUUUGGGUUUUCACUUCACCAAGGCCGAGUCGCUCAACCCCUACCGCCGGACCGAGCUAUCUCCCUGGCAGAAGGAGGCUGAGGAGAGCCGCAUGCUGCGUCGGUGGGACUUGCGCAAUACUCCCCUGGAGCCACAGUUGCAGGCUAUGAUGGGCGACCCCGAGGUCCGAUUCCGCGGCAUGCAACACCCGGCCAUGGUGGCGAUCCAGAACGGGGAGAGUCCCGUGCUUGCCGUUUUGCCCGCCGGCGGUGGGAAGAGUAAGGAUCGCGGCUAA